GUGACGCUCCUUUGUGCACAGUAGGUGGGAUAUGCUUUUCAGUAUUGAGUCAGACAGAUAGAGACCCCCUGGUGGCGGGCAGCUGUAACUACCCCAAUGACUGUGACAGAGAGGGAAAUGGGUGGGUGGAAAGUCCCCGUGUGGAAAUCCCCUUCAUCCGGGCUUUUCCUCUUUUGCAACAUUUAACUAGCUUGGAGGACGUGCAUGUACUCUUUUGACAGGCUCGGUAGACUGCGAAGCCACCAAAAUAGAUCUGAUACUGAAGGAUAGGAAAGGUUGAAUGGCGCCGAGGACCGCUGCGGUGAGGCUGAGUGAAGUGGCUGAGAGAGGACUAGCCUGAGCAUCCGGGAGGGCUUUGUUAUUACCCCGACAUAUUACACAGUUCCACGUUGCCCGGUCGGCGGCGGUCAGUGCCUCCUCCUCCUCCUCUCCUCCUCCUUGUCCCUCUUCCUCCCCACCUUCCAUCCAUCUGGCCACCUGUCCGCCAUGUCGCAGGGCCAGAACUUCCUCCCUAAGUUCCUGUUCGUCUCCAAUCUGCUGAAGGCGGUGAAGAUCCGCCAGCGCGUGCCCAACGACGUGGUGAAGCCGGCAGCCAGUGGCGGGCUGAUGCAUCACCUUCGGGGUAUGCACCGUUACACACUGGAGAUGAUCGCCAUGAACCACUUCCCCCAGGCGUUCAGGGAAGUUGUGCAGGCUGCUAUCCUGGACCGAGCCAUGCAGGCCUCCUUGGAGCAGGAGAAGAAGCUCAACUGGUGCCGUGAGGUGAAGAAGAUGGUGCCUUUACGCACUAAUGGAGAUGGGAACUGCUUGCUCCACGCGGCCUCCCAGUACAUGCUGGGGGUUCAGGACACUGACCUGGUGCUGAGGAAAGCCCUCCACAGCGUUUUGAAGGAGACAGACACUGGCAGCUUCAGAGCUCGCUUUCAGGCAGAGCUACAGUCCCAGGAGUUCACCCAGACCGGACUCCGAUACACCACCAUGAACUGGGAAGAGGAGUGGGAAAAGAUAGUAAAGAUGGCGUCUCCUGUCUCUAGUAGCAACGGCCUCCAGUUUGACUCUCUGGAGGACAUUCACAUCUUCAUCCUCUCCAACAUCCUGCGGAGACCCAUCAUCGUUAUUGCCGACCAGGUGGUGAGGAGUAUGAAAUCUGGCUCCUCCUUCUCUCCUCUGAAUGUGGGUGGGAUCUACCUGCCACUACACUGGCCGCCCACUGAGUGCUACAAAUACCCCAUUGUGCUAGGUUAUGAUUCUCAGCACUUUGCCCCCCUCAUCACCAUCAAGGACAGCGGGCCAGAAAUCCGAGCAGUACCACUGAUCAACCCUGGCCGGGGCGGCUUUGAGGAACUGAAGGUUCACUUUCUAAUGGAGAAGGAACAGCAGCAAAAAGACAGGCUUCUGAAAGACUACCUGCUACUGAUAGAGAUCCCAGUCAUAGGCCUGGGCUAUGACGCCACACGCAUCAUCAACGCUGCACGGCUGGAUGAGGGCAACCUCCCUGAAGACAUGAACCUGAUGGAGGACUAUCUGCAGCUGGUCAACCAUGAGUACCAGCGCUGGCAAGAGGACAAGGAACAGGCGUGGGCCGCCCAGCCCCAGCGUCCGCCACCCUUCUCUGUCUCCCAGCUCUCCCUUAUUGAGAUCCGCUGUGCCACUCCACGCUGCACCUUCUAUGUCUCUGUGGACACGCAGCCCCACUGCCACGAGUGCUUUGAGAAGAGACAGGCCACAACUGGGGGAGGAGCAAGAAUAGAAGGGGUGGUUCAGACGAAAGGAGGAGGGGUGCAAAGUGCGGUCGGGGGAACAGAGACUGAGGUGAGUUCCAGGGGAGUCCGAAGCAGCAGCCCUCCUUCCUCCUCGUCUGGGAGGGGGGCGGUGUUAUCCAGUCCCCGCUCUGCCCCACCCACCGCUCCCAGCCUCAGUCUGUACAGUGAGACUCACGCCAUGAAGUGCAAGACGCCCGGCUGCCUCUUCACCCUUAGUGUUGAGCAUGACGGACUUUGCGAGCGCUGCUUCAACUCCAGGCAGACCCACGGACCCCCUGGAGCCGGGACGGCUGCCACAGGACUCCCAGGCCCCAACGGGGGGCCCAUAGUCCCUCAUCCUGCCCAGGGCCCCGGCUGGGCCCAGUGGGGGGGCCAUGAGGCAGAGACAGAGCGCUGCAGCAUGUGCAGACAGGAGGUAUUCAGAAUAUUCAAUGGCCUGUGUCCCCCCUGCAUGCAAAGACAGCAGGCUCCAGAGAGGGGCGAGCCACAGCAGAGCAACCCUAGGACUGAGGCCUCUUCAUCGGCCUGGAGCCAGGCCAGGGAUGCCGAGCGGCCGUGCCUCACGUUAACUUCAGGACACCCCUCAGCCUGGCAAGCUCCACUGGCACGGCCUUGUAAAAGAUCUGGGUGCCAGUUCUUUGGAACACCAGAGAAGUUGGGUUUCUGCACUAUUUGCUACGUUGACUAUCAGACCAACCACCACUUGACUCCUCCCCCAGCUCCAGUCCAGAGCCGACAUGGUUCAGAGGCGGGCUACCAGAACCCCUCACGGUGUCGGGGGCCUGGCUGUGGUGCAGUUGGUAAGGCGAUGCUGGAGGGCUACUGCAACAAGUGCUACGUCAAAGAGCAAAGUGCACGGCUCAACCAAGCAGCACAUCGCACACCACACUCCCCUCCUCUGGUUAUGCGGGACCGAGCAGCCAAACCCAGAUCAUCCCAGCAGUCCCAGACCCAGACCCAGUGCCGGCGAAGUGGCUGCAGCAAUGUGUCCCCGGGUUGCACGGACCUGUGCCCAGAGUGCCACACACGCGGCCAGGGCAGGGAGGGGGGCAGGAGGGCGCAGGCGCCCAAAGAAAAGUCCAAGCAGCGGUGCCGGACGCAGGGCUGUGACCACUACGCCAACCAAGAGAAACAGGGCUACUGCAACGAGUGCGACCACUUCAAACAGAUCUACCGUGGCUGACCACGUACACACCCAUGCACGCAACAACGAUGAUGACACAUCGCUAGCACGCUAGAGCCGCUGGCCCGCUCCGGGCGCCCCAUGCCAGUCAAUGCACCUCUGAUACUAACUAACCAACUAACUAACUAGCUAGUGACUAACUAGUAACCUUAUGGCCUGAAAAUCUUAACCCCCCCAUGUAGAAUGUGAAGAGAGAGUGUGUGUACGGGGGGGGAGUGAGUGUGUGUGUGUUCGCAGUUAGACAUGGCCUCCAGAAUACCUCUUUGUGCAAUUACUAUCAUCUGAUCUGGCGUGUACAGUUACACGGUGAGAGGUUUGGCUACAUGUCAGAGCAACUGACUUAACUCUUGUGUACAAUAUGUAUUUAGAGGUACGUUGUGAAUCGUGCCGGACAAAAUGAUUGUAUAUUGACAUAACGAAAAGCAUCUGACAUUGCUUUCUAGACCACAGCCAAGGAUUCUAUACCCCCUGUCUGUCUGUCUUACCCAUCUGUCUAUCUGUCUGCCUGUCUGUCUAGCAUUUGUUCUGUAGAUUGAGAGGUACAGUAGCUGGGGAUGCCUAGAAACAAACUGAAGGACCUAAGUGGUUAGCAGAAGUGAGCCAAACGGGGCUGAAUAAAGCCAAAGCCAACAAGCGUGGUUACAAAUCUUAGGCAAAUGCAUCCUUUCAACUUGAUACAUUUGCUUAAGUCUGCCUGGACUGGAGAGGGAAUUGGAUGCAGCUGAUUUCUUUGAACCAUGCAAGCAUUAUCAGUCAAAGAGAAGUAAUUGAAUGAAAACAUAUUCACCAUUGUUUGGCUCAGUCAUUCAUUUGCUUUCAAAGUAGAGGUUUUGCCAACAGCGCUCAUGAAAACAAUAUCAAAUCAUUAAGAAUGAAUUCUCAGCCAUCAGUCAAUGACCUCAAGCAUCAACCCGGCCCUCUUGAUCACCAGAGGUGAUCAGCUGAUACAGAGUUAACAUUCUGAAUGUAGUGAUAUGGAAGUGAAAGCAGAGUCUGUGUCUAAGAACAGUGCAAGGCAGACAGGGCGGGCCCCUGCUAGUUUUGGUGCUACAUGUACAGAAACACAGGCCUCUUCAUUGUAGCCGACAUGCUGGCGGUGUGAGCCGGCACAAGGCAGAGAACACAGUAGAGAUAGCAGUCAUUCUCUUUCUAUUUCCCUUCCCCCUCCUCCUCCUCUUCCUCUUAUUUCUCCUGUCCUCACCUACAACAGAUCUGUUGCCUUGGUCGUUGUUUUCCUGUUUACUGUUGACUACUUUAGCACCUAGACACACACACACACACACACACACACAUCCCAUAGCUCCACUCCUGUCAAGAGGGGAUUACCAACCACAGAGUAAAAUAAUGACCGGUGAAAUCUUGAUGGGGCACACUUAACCACUUCACAUACAGACACACAUGCACUUGUACACAUACAAAUACCAAUACACACACUCACACAUACACUUCUGUAAGAUUGUAAGCAUCCCACCCCAGCCCGAGGUGAUGUGAAGGUAAACAAACUCACAGAGGAAUGCACUCCUCCUCCUGCUCCACCCCUCUGUAUGUGCCAAGGUGACAAUUUCAAAUGUUCAGACAGCAAUCCCAUUGCCUGCUCUGGCCAAUCUUGUUUUUCUGAAUGUGUUUUCGUGCUGUUGCUUACAGCACGGUAUUGGGGCUGAUCCUCGAUAAGUUUUGCCUUUAAGUAGUGAUUGAAAUUUUAAUGGACCCAAGGGGCCUGAUCAGUGAUACUGGAUCAGCGCUCCCACUUAUAAGAUGCUUUGUGAAUAUGGAUCUUGGUCCAUAUUAUAGGACCUUCCAACUUGAUGCCUCAUCUCCAACACAAACACACAUACAAACGCGACGCACGCACAUGAGUAUGAGAGAUGUGAAACUGACAUUCCUGAUUUGUUUUAUCUUUGUUUUUGUUUUUGUUUUUUUCAAAUUUUAAAGUAUUUGAAUAUUUUUGGUUUUGUUUCUGCCAAAACAUAAAUGUGCCAUCACCCACCAAACAGUUGUUGUUACCUCCUUAAAAACGGCCAGCCUGGACCAUUCUAAUGAACUAACUACUGUGCCAUAGAUAGACAUCUAGUGUUUAUAUGAUGUAUAACUAUAGACCCGGGCUCAUCGAGCUUUCUUGCUAAAAGCCCUCAAAUGGCUACAAUUUGGCUAAAAUUCUAAUUUAUCUGAAUAUCUGUUUAUCUGUAGAGAUGCACUGAAGCAUAAAUACAUGGGAAAAUGAAUCCAAUUGAACUGUUUAAUUUCCUUCCUUCUCACCAUCUCCGCUGACUGAGAGCCACUGCUGUAGGCUGAUUUCUAUCUGUGGCUCUAGUUAGAAAUGCGUAGUCAAACAGGCUCUCGGUCUGCCUUUUCAUUCAAAUGUAUCUAGAGUUGUUGGGCCAGCCCAAGCAUCGACGGCCUAUACGUAGAUCUCUGUGUGCUUUAAUCACCUCUAUACAAACCUUAAUCAAUUAAAGGCCAAUUAGUGGUCAGCUCAUGAAGACCCCUUAACGAGGUUUCGGGGGCUCUGACUGAGCAGAUUAGGAUGGGAUCCCAGAGUUGCACAUGACUUGUCUAAGCUGCUGAGGCAUUUAGGAAUGGUACUCCGACUCGCUUAGGGACAUUCCAAUAGCAGAAAGAGCAUCCGCAUAAGAGCAGAAGGUGUAACAAAACAUGCAAACGGUGUGGAAGUUUCUUUGUGUGACCUUUCGACAAUAGGGUAUUGUAUGAAAAAAAGCCUUGUUUUAUUUGUUAAGUAUUUAUUCAUAUCAAGAUAUUAUCUGUAUUGUGUGAUUCAAUAAUUAUUUAUAUGUUGUCCUGAAAUGAAUUAUUUUUAUUAAGAAAUCUGAAA